AUGGCCGAUUCGGAUUACGAUUUCGAUGACGAGAGUUCAGCCGACGAGUACGUUGGUGCGAAGAGCGGUACUUCAAGCACACGCGCACAAUCUUCGGCGCCUGGCAAGAGGCGGAAAGUAGAGGCGCCUGUGAAGGAACCGCCAAAGCGGCAGGCAUGGGAAACAGAAUACUCGCGGACGGUCCAGAAGACGAUAGAACCGGCAGACGAUGGCACACUAGGACAGAGCGUACAAGAACGGGAAGAAGAGAGGAAGCGCAAAAGGUUACGGAAAGAUACAAAGCCUUUCCAGCGAGGUAUCAUACGUCACGUCGUCCUGGUGCUUGAUCUGUCAGAGGCCAUGAUGGAAAAAGACAUGCGGCCCAACCGAUACAUCACGAUGAUCAACUACACACAAGACUACAUCCGCGAGUUUUUCGAACAAAACCCUAUAUCGCAGAUGAGCGUACUGGGUAUGCACGAUGGUGUCUGCAUACGAGUCUCGGAGCUCUCGGGCAACCCAGCAGAACACGUUGCAGCGAUACAAGGCCUGAGAAGCAAAGAUGACGGCAAAGAGCCCAAGGGCGCGCCCAGUUUGCAGAACGCAUUGGAACUGGCAAGAGCAACAUUAUACCACACACCAAGCCACGGCACGCGAGAGGUCAUUGUUGUCUUUGGGAGCUUGUUGAGUUUAGAUCCGGGUGAUAUACACCAAACAGUCAAAGCCUGCGUACGAGACCGAAUACGUGUCAGCGUAAUUGGUAUGGGCGCGCGCCUCAAGAUCUGCACAGAAAUUGUCACUCGGACAAACGCUGGUGAUGAAUCCGAGUACACAAUCGCAACCGAUCAGGAAAUGCUCAAGGAGCUCCUCCUCGCCACUACAACACCCCCCGUAAUCCGUACAACAGCACCGGCAGUCGCAGCACCAGCCGCUCCGCAAGCCCCAGAUCCUUCCUCCGCCGCAGCACUCAUGAUGAUGGGUUUCCCAUCCCGUGUAGUAGAAGACCAACUAACCAUGUGCGCAUGCCACGGCAACCUCACAAUGGGAGGUUACACCUGUUCUCGCUGCAGCGCAAAAGUCUGCUCCUUACCUAUCACCUGCCCCUCCUGCCAACUCACCUUGCUCCUCUCCACCCAUCUCGCGCGAUCUUACCACCAUCUUUUCCCCCUCCGCAACUGGUCCACAGUAUCCUGGUCGCGCGCCCGCGAAAAGGGAAGUAAGCAGUGUGUGGGCUGUCUAGCUUCCUUUAGUGAUCCGCCAAGCAGCAAUAAUGAAAGAAGUGAGGCGGAACAAGACGGCGAGGUCAACAAAGAGAAGAGGGACGAAGAGGAUAGCGAAGAGCAGAAGGCGUCUGAGAGCGGGAGGUAUGAAUGCAGGGCUUGUGAAAGUCACUUUUGUAUCGAUUGUGAUAUGUUUGCGCAUAUGGUCCUGCAUAAUUGUCCUGGGUGUUUGGGGAGGUUGGAUCCGGGGGCUGUUGUGCAGGCGAGUAACGGAAAUGGGGAUGUCGAGAUGACAGGGUGA